CUUGUUUUGUUGGUCAUGCAAGAUUCUUUAACCGAAACCCUUAAUACGUCACAAACGACUUUGCAAAUAGCUGUUAAAGUCCCCUUGACUUCAAAGACAAAGGUUUUUGUGUUUAACAAGACACAUUUAAAAAACCCAAUUCAGGAAGCAUUGUGUUAAACAAAACGCUUUAGAAAUGUUACAUUCAAAGAUCUUUAGAUAUUUUAGUUGCUGUUUAUACAAUAACUUUAGUCAAAUUAAGGGGUGUCACUUUCUGCAACUAAUUUCACUAACAACGCGAAGACAUCUAUAGCAGCACAAAUAAAUAGGUACGUUGAGUGUUGUAUUUUAAUAUAUAAUAAACGUUGUUUUUAGUGUGUUAUGAUACGGUCUCUUGAAUUAAUCUCUUGACUGAAUGGCGAAAAGUGUUCAAUGGCAAACUAUGUUUAAUACCAGUGUCAAUGUCUUAGGCUAUACGUUUAGACUGUAUCAGAUAGCUGUCCGUAGCGACGUGAAAAAAACACCUAUCUGUACCUUUUAGGAACGCUAUUUUCAGAGGAAUUAUUGCAACGGAGAGAUGUUGUUUCGCUCAGCUUCUGAAAGUUGUACAUUCCGUAUCGGAUAGGUGAUUUUUCCCGCCGCUACAGAAUGUGACCUGUUGGUCGCUUAUAUGGCAGCCGAUGAGUGCCCUCAAUUGGAUUUUACUAGCUAAACGCUAUCGCGAUUUUUUGGUGAAAGGGCGAAUGUCAGUUCAUAUCAUUGUUUCACAGAUAAAUUGCAAAUGCCGAUGACAACUGGAUCGAUUUAAGAUUUUAAUAUGUUAUGCAUAAUUUUUGCUCUGUACUAUAAUAUAGUCUGUCGCGAGUGGAUGUUGGACAUCGACUUUGACCUUUUGUAUUUUCUCUUUCUUAUAGUUUCCAAAAUGAAGGCAAAAUUCGUUUCGGCGCUAUUUGUAUUAUUUUUGGCUUAUGGAAUUGUUAGCAGUGAACGUAAGUGUUAAUCUUAAAACCGAAUUUAAAACUAUACUGUAUUUACGCAGGGUUAAUCCAACUGAAAAAUAUAGGUGAUCAAAAAACAGGUCAUAGGUUUGACAGGUUAUAUGGUGUGUUAAUUAUCACGUUUAUAGGUUUUCUCUUUUCGUAUUUAUAAAGAUCAGGCUUUUAGUUGUCAAAUGACACCGUUUAUCGAAUCAUUGCGAUAUCAAUUCACAUUUAAGAUUUUAAUGUCCUUCAGACUCCCCCCCCCCGUCCCCCACCCCACCCUCUCUUGGUGUCUACCACUGAUCGAACCAAUGUGAGACCAAUACUCACUUAAGGUUACUUCACACGAUGAACGUGCGUUUUAGUCUAUUGGACAUUGCUCAAUGAAUUUUAGGUGUAACUUUACCAAAUUUUCAGUGAAGAAAGCCAGGAAAAUGCUAAUUUCGAACAUUGUCAUUUGAUGGGUGUUCUGUUUAAACAUUUUCAGUAUUGGCUGACUGAGUAAAUAUGUAGGUACCUUCAUAAAAAAAUCAAAAUAUGUUUAUAGUUUACCUCAACGAUUGUCUAGAUAUCGCAAUUCGAAUCUUCAUAGGCAUGGUAAAAAAAAAACGUGUGCGGAAAAUUUCUCUUCUUUAGUGGUUUUUCUGAUAUGCCCUGAUUCUUGGAUUUGUCACUGAUAAUUCACCAAGUUGUCAAAGAAAACGUCAUAUCAGAAAAACCAUUGAAGAAGAGAAAUUUUCCGCACACAUUUUUUUUACCGUACCUAUGAAGAUUCAAAUCGAUAUAUGUAGACAAACGUUGAGGUAAACUAUAAAUAUAUUUUGAUUUUUUUAUGGGAUACCUAUGUAUAUCUUUAGUCAGCCAAUACUGGACAUGUUUAAACAGAACACCCAUCAAAUGAAGAUUUUCGAAAUCAGCAUUUUAUUGGCUUUCUUCACUAAAAAUUUGGUAAAGUUACACCUAAAAUUCGUUGCGCCAUGUUCAAUAAACUAAAACGCACGUUCAUCAUGUGAAGUAACCUUAAAUAAAUUAAAAGUGAUCUGUCCUUGCAAACAGCUGAAGAUGAAGCUGAGAACGAGGGUGGUCCAAUGCCAGACGCUUACAUGGGAGUGAGGAUCAUUGAAGGUUCCAACACAACUGAUGAUGAAAGUUUAACGAAGCGUGGUGACGCGUCUGUCGUUCAAGAUAUGAGUAAGUACAGUUGUAGCAGUACACAACAGUAGUACAAAUUAGCUGAAGGCUCAGGGGUGUAGCUAAUCGCAAACACGUGGAGGGUCGAAUCGUCUUUUCUAUUUGUAGAGUCUGUGAAAUGCUAUUUCAUACAUUUUCGACACGUUCUAUGAUAAUCAGAAAGCCACAGAUUAAGAGGCUAUGCUCCCCCCAUUUCGAAAGAAUUACAAAAUUUGUCGUGAAGAAUAGUGGGAACCCGGACCCCCCCCCCCUCCCAUUUGCCCCCUCCCCCCAUGUGGCUACAUCUCUGAGCAGUUUCCCUCUAAACAGAGGGCACCAUGGUGCUGAAGGCGCCAUUGACCACAGACGAUUUAUAAAGGAGUAUUGUUUAACCUCGUUAUCUUAAUAUUUCAGGAUGUCGCUGGAAUGUACAUGAACUGCACAAUGAAGGCUCAGUUUUGCUAUGCCAAUGUUUGAAAUGGUAAUAGUAUUAAUGAACACACUAAACUCUUCCCUUUACCCUUAUACACGAUAAACAGUUGCAACUAAACUCUUCCCUUAUACAUGGUAAACUGUUCUCCCUAUAGGAGUCCAGUAAGAGUCAUCGUUCGUAAAGGUACUGUAUCACAAUAAAAUCUGAUCUUUUGUUAUUUUUUAAACUUUUUUACAGUGUCUGUACAAAAACACGUUGGCUGUGUGAUUACCACUUUAAGCAGUGCCCAUUCUUCAGUAAGUUUAUAACAAAAUGUUUUAAAAGAUAUAUGAUACUACAAACGUGGUAGUCCAGUGUAGGUAGUAUAUUUUACAAUAAACUUUGAUGCAUGGUUUGUGUCUGAACACCCGAAAGAGAUAUCUCAAACGUGGUCGUCCAGUGUAGGUAGUAUUCUACAAUAAGCUGUCGUGGUUUGUGUCUGAACUACCUGAAAACGAUAUCUCAAACGUGGUCGUCCAGUGUAGGUAGUAUUCUACAAUAAACUGUCGUGGUUUGUGUCUGAACUACCUGGAAAAGAUAUCUCAAACGUGGUCGUCCAGUGUAGGUAGUAUUCUACAAUAAACUGUCCUAGUUUGUGUCUGAACACCUGAAAAAGAUAUCUCAAACGUGGUCGUCCAGUGUAGGUAGUAUUCUACAAUAAGCUGUCGUGGUUUGUAUCUGAACUACCUGCAUGGAAAAGAUAUCUCAAACGUGGUGGUUGAUCCAGUGCAGGUAGUAUUCUACACAAUAAGCUGUCGUGGUUUGUGUCUGCAGAACUACCUGAAAAAGAUAUCUAUACCCACACUGGACGACUACGUUUGUGAUGACACUUCAGGUAGUUCAGACACAAACCACGUUGGCAGCUCAUUGUAAAAUACUACAUGAACUGGACCACCUUGUUUAAAUUAGCCUUUACGGUAGAAUGUGUAGAGCGGAAGCAUUCAUGAAGUGAAAGGAAACGAGAGAGGAAGGGACGAAGCUAAGGUGUACAAUAAAAUUUAAAUGAAACAUUUUCUUCUUUUCGCAGCUUGUGGUCAAAAUAUUUUCAGUCCUAUCACACAGAAGUGUUGCUGCGGUGAUAUCUACGCCAUCAAAAAGAACUGGAGUUGCUGUGGUUACCGUUACUAUGACACGAAAGCCCAGAAAUGUUGUUCAUACGCCACGCUCUUGCACAAGGAAAAGACCUGUCCUCGGUCUGAGGUUUAGAAGAAGCGAUGUGUUGCGAGAAUUUAGGGGUUAAGAUAUGCUGUAAUCUACGAGAGAAUAUAGGAAUUUAGAUGUGUUGUAGAUUAAAUAUCAUGUAAAGUUGAAAGUCAAUUAAAAUAAAUGUUUAAAAUAAGUGGAGAAAAUUGUGAUUUAGAGUUGCUGUAAUCGAUGUAGAUUAAAUAUAUUGUAUAAAUGGACGAUAGUUUGUGAAAUUGUUUUUUGUUGCUAGUUGCAAUAGUGGUUAAGUUAAUCCAUUAAGUUGCAUUGUCCCCUAGUUUAUUAUGUUACUCUGUCUAACGCCUGGCGAUUUUACUCGACAAGGGGAGAACGUUGGCGAUCAAUGGGUUAAUAAAUUGUGUUGUGAAAAGAAAAUAUGUAACAAAUUACAAUCUUGAAAAUAUUAUUUAUAUUUUUUUCACUUGGUGAUCGUUCACAUUUUGUCGUUUAAUUCCGAUUCUAUUUACAGAGGAUUGAUUCAUAUAAUUGAUGCAGUCAUAAAUGUGUGUUAAAUAUUUCACAAAAAAAUUCUAAAUGAAAAAUUAUAUAUGUCAGUUUCUUGAUUAAAUAUGGCACGAAAUUUUCCUUAUACUUGCAGAAAUAUGAAACAUUUUGAAUACAAAACAAAAGAAAUUUUCAAGGACCAAGAACGAUGCAAGAUGUUCUAUUUAAAAUAGUAUUAAAUAACUGUUCCUCGAUAAAUUAUUUCUGGGUGCUAGGCCCAACUUGCAAACGGGCAUACUCUGGCUACGGGAUUGGACCGUUCGCGGUAAUUCAUAUCCAUUGUUGUGACAAUGCAAGUUACAGUAGUAUAGAAUGGAACAAAAGUAACCGAGUAUACUUAAAUUAUAUACAUGUGCGUGACUUUGUACAUACGUAUUUUGAUUAACGGUCAUGUGCCCGGUGUCCAGUCGUAUCGUAUCGACGUAUCCCAUGACGCAUAGCGGAUAAUUGGUCUCAGGUCACGAGAACGGCUUCUCCGUCUCUUCCUUUUGUGUAGCAGAGACCAUUCUUAUUUGAACCUUGAGUUCGACACAGGUUUCUUGCUCGUCGUGAAUCUGUUUGAAUAACUUCUCAUUCUUCUCCUGCGAUAAAAUAAAUUAGAAGAAAAUAAAUGGGACGAUUCAAAAUUUC